GCCAAAGAUAAUGUUAACUGCCCCAUUCAAACUUGGACAUUAGUCCAUUCACCUUUUCCCCUCGAUUUCCAUUCCUUUGACUUCCUUUCAUCAUUUCAAGAAAUGGGUUCAGGAGAAAAGGUAUUUGUUUAUGAAGAUCUGGUGAAGCACAAAGACAGAAAUGAUUGUUGGCUUUUGAUCUCUAGAAAGGUGUAUAAUGUAACCCAAUUCUUGGAGGACCAUCCUGGUGGAGAUGAAGUUUUGCUUGCUGCUAGUGGAAAAGAUGCGACCAAUGAUUUCGAAGACGUAGGUCACAGUGAUGAUGCAAGAGAGCAGAUGCAGAAGUACUAUAUUGGUGAGGUCGAUGCCACCACCAUUCCCGCACGAAGGAUGUACAAAGCACAGACGUCAACCGCGGCAACUCAACAAGAGGAGCCUGGCUUUCUGUUUAAGAUUAUACAGUUCCUGGUACCCCUCUUGAUCUUAGGCUUCGCAUUCGGUUUACAGUUCUUGGGGAAGAAGGAAAAAACCGAAACUUAGAUAACUUUCCCAUUAUGGAACCUGCUAGUUCGUAUGUAUGCUUGUUAAAGCUGUUGUUGUUGUUGUUGUUGUAAUGUUCGUGACAGUCUAUAACUGAUUGCUAUUAAUAAUGUCUUGGAAUGUCGUUUUCGAUCUA